CAACGCGUUCGCGCCAGGAAAAGCGUUCGGCAAGCGAAUUUCGAAUUUCGAAAUAUAUUUAAAAAUAUCACUCAUACGCACGGGAGAGCGAGAGUGUUGAGGAAACGAGAGUGAGAGUGCAACGAUAUUCACCUGGCUGCUGGCACUUGCCACUAAAUAAAUAAAAACCAAAUGUUGUUUAUUUAAUUUCAAAAACGGAGAAAGUGUUUAAAUAAUAGCUCCUGUAGUAUAUAAUCAAGUGAAAAACGCCUGCCAGCGGCGCAUUAAUUUAUAAAUAAAUAUAUUAAAUAUAUUCUGGCGUGUGUGAGAGUGAGCAGCGUCGAUAAAAAGCUCCCAGAAGAAGAUUUUCUUCGGAGGCGAAAAUGUGAAAUUAUCUCUGUUGAAAGCCAAAGAACUCUCAGCCCAAAGAAAACCAAAAAAAAAAACCAAAAUCGUAGAUCAUUCCAUUUUGAAUUAAUUUUACCCAUCGCACCGACAAUCCCUUGGCAUUGAUUGUUGACAUUCUCGGGCAAAGAUAUGCAAAUGGGAAUAUGCGAAUAUCUUGCAACCACACACAGACUCACACUCGAGUUGUAAAUUAAAUUCCCAAGCUUAAACUGUCGACGGCGCCGGCUGAAAGCCAGGACAAAGGACAUCGUCAUCAGGUGCUGGUGACCCCUGAACCGUGACCAAAGAGCCAGCUGCAACAAUAAGUACCCGACCUGUGGCCGCAGAAUUGAUGUUCCUGCGAAAGUUUCCCGUCAGCUAUACAAAUGUCACGCCCACGAUUCGAGUAGGUUUGGGAUUACGGAUCGGGGAAGUGGGUCAGUAGAUGCCAGGAGCCAUGGAUGGUGGAGCGAUUGCGCGGCUGCUGCUCCGUUUGGACCUUCCCUCGCCGGGAGUAAUGCCGCCACCGCCCACUGACUUCGACUAUGGCGGAGCGAUAAGCGAGGAUGAGUUCCUGGCCAGUGUAAUGGCCACCGAGGCGCCAACGGUUCGUUACGACCUGUUCCCCCAAAACCACACUCAACCCAAUCAGCACAUCAACCACACGGAGGUGCAAACGGAUUUGCAAUAUCCCCACUACGAGGAUUUGGGUCUUGAUCCUGAUCCUAACUGGACCCGCAUCUGCGAGGAUGUGUACAAUCCGCUGCUGGAAAAUAAUCGCAUUGAGUUUUGGGUGUGUGGAGUGCUGAUAAAUAUCGUUGGUGUCCUCGGCAUCCUGGGAAACAUAAUCUCCAUGAUAAUACUCUCCCGACCCCAGAUGAGAUCCAGUAUCAACUAUUUACUCACCGGCUUGGCUCGCUGCGAUACUGUGCUGAUUAUUACCUCCAUUCUGUUAUUCGGAAUACCCUCUAUAUACCCUUAUACGGGUCACCUCUUCGGCUACUACAACUACGUCUAUCCGUUCAUAUCGCCAGCCGUAUUUCCCAUUGGCAUGAUCGCUCAGACAGCUAGUAUAUACAUGACAUUCACGGUGACCCUGGAAAGAUACGUCGCCGUUUGCCAUCCUCUGAAAGCGAGGGCGCUCUGUACUUACGGCAGAGCUAAGAUAUAUUUUAUAGUAUGUGUCUGCUUCUCCUUGGCCUAUAAUAUGCCUCGAUUCUGGGAGGUCCUAACCGUAACAUAUCCCGAGCCCGGGAAAGAUGUAAUCCUCCACUGCGUGAGGCCAUCCAGAUUGAGGAGAUCGGAGGCCUAUAUCAACAUAUAUAUACACUGGUGUUAUCUGAUCAUAAACUAUAUCAUACCCUUUCUCACCUUGGCCAUCCUGAAUUGCCUGAUAUACAGACAGGUUAAGAGGGCUAACAGAGAGCGUCAGAGAUUAUCCAGAUCGGAGAGACGGGAGAUCGGUUUAGCCACAAUGCUGCUCUGCGUGGUGAUAGUGUUCUUCAUGCUGAACUUUCUGCCACUGGUCCUCAAUAUAUCCGAGGCCUUCUACAGCACCAUCGAUCACAAGAUCACGAAGAUCUCGAAUCUACUGAUCACCAUCAACAGCAGCGUCAACUUCCUGAUUUACAUCAUCUUCGGCGAAAAGUUCAAGCGCAUUUUUUUACUCAUUUUUUUCAAGCGCCGCCUGAGUCGUGACCAACCGGAUCUUAUCCACUACGAGAGCUCCAUAUCGAACAACGGCGAUGGGACGCUGAACCACCGAUCCUCCGGCCGCUUCUCGAGGCACGGCACCCAGCGGAGCACCACCACCACUUACCUGGUGGCCACCGGCGGACCAGGCAUGGGGGGCUGCGGUGGUGGCGCUGGCAAUAAUUCCCUGAACAACGUUCGCCUCACUCAGGUCUCGGGAUCACCCGGGCUGGUCAAGAUUAAACGGAAUCGAGCUCCGUCACCCGGUCCAGUGGUCUACUUUCCCGCCCGUGAAAUGCAGAGAUCCGCAUCGACCACGAAUUCAACAACCAAUAAUAAUACGUCUAUUGGCUACGACUGGACCCUGCCGGAUAGCAAGAAGCUGGGACAUGUCUCGUCUGGCUUUUGAGUCUGUGUCCGAGUGGAAGCAAUGACAGUGGGUCAAAGGGUUGGGGUUUAGUCUAGUCCACUAGUCUUGUAAAUAAGAAUAGGCGAAAUAGGGUUAAGCAACAGCUGCGGUCAAAAUAAUAGUAAAGGAAGUAGGAAAUAUGGUAAAAGUUCUACUGAAUUUAAAUCCUAUAUUAAAUAUGAUUUUGGUAAGUAUCUUUAAGAUUUAAUUUCUUGUGUUUUUAGGUUCAUUAAUAUAUUAAAAGAUUAUAAUGUACAUAAAUAUAUUUUUAAUUUCACAUAAAAUCAAAAUAAUCCCUCUGGAGUGCUAUUAUUUUGACCGCAACUGUAGUUACUAUAAUCUAAACUGUACAGAAGGCAUACGUAAACUAAGCGCUCCAAGCGUUGCGUUACUUUGUGAUAAGCGUUAAGUGUUUCCUUCCCCGAAUUCUCUACUCUACUCCACGAAAUCUUUUCUCGUUGAUAUAGAUCUUAAGACAGUUGGCCUCUCAAGCGGUUAGGCUGAGGGAUAUCGUUUCUUAGACUGAGAAUUUAAUAUUGUUUCCUCUUAAUUUCUCCUUUCACUCUUUUUCGUGUUCAAUCAAUUGAAUUUGUAUCAAUUAUGCACUAAAUUACUUAUCGAAACUUUUUCGAACCCAAUACCGUUUCACUUUCCAAGUGACCUUUGGCCGAAGUUUUAUUUAUUAGCGUAAACUUUGGCUGCCCUUAAUUAAAUAUCCUUUACAGCGCAUUUCUCGGCCGAACUUGAUGAAUGAUUUUCCUUUUCUUUGGCUGAUUUGGGUUUCCCGAACUUUUCGAUUUCCCUCACACUUGCCCGGAAACUCGGGUUCUUUUUGGCCGGGCAAUCUGUCAACUUGUCAGAAAGUUUUCAAAACGCAGCUCAAAGUUCAGUCAGCUCAAAAGUUUCCGAGCAUUAUUUAGUCGCCCAAGAAUAAAAAAAACUCAAGUAGCUCAAUUUAACAGCAACUGCAACAAUAAUAAUAAACAACAAAAGAAAAAGACAUUUUCAGGUGUUCACAAAGGAAUUAUUUUUACUGCUCCUCGGGCCCUACAAGCCGAAUAUAAUCCCCUCUAUUGUAUAAAUAUUAUUAAGAGUUCUGUAAAUAUUUUACAAUUCAGCAGGUAUGCCAAGCAUAAACGAAAACCAAAGAUAUGAAAAUGAGAAGUCCAGGGAAAGGGGAUCUUAAGUAAUUGUCUGAAGGUGUUUAAUGAGUGAUAAAAAUAUAAACUAAAAAAGAAAAGCAUUUAAUGCUUUAUAUCUUACGAAAUUCUUUAUUUGAAACUUUAAAUUAUUUCUCUUUUAGAUUUUUUCUUGUAAUAACCAAUAGUUUUGUCUUAUAUUGAAUCUGAUUAUCAAAAAAUACCAUAAAUCCCCAAUAAUUUCAAUCAAGAACAAUGAUUUAGCAUCCCCCUUUCCUACUUGAUAUGUACCCUAUUUUAUUUAGCAUUACAGUUUAGCUUUAAUAUUGUAUAGUCAUAGCAAAUACGUAAUCGAAACUAAAAUAAAUAAAUUCAACGAGUGUGCAAAUAAAUGAUGAUGA